AUAGAUUGGUUAACGCCGUUUGACUACGGUUCACAGCAAAGCGACUAUAUUGGGAGGCGACAGCCUGGAACUGGCCAAUGGCUUCUGGGAUCGGCAGAGUACCAGACGUGGCUAAAGAGCCAGAAGCAGACGUUGUUCUGCCCUGGCAUUCCCGGAGCGGGAAAGACAAUUAUUACAUCCAUCGUAGUUGAAGAGCUUACUACUCACUUCCAGUCUGACGAGAGGAUUGGCAUUGCAUACCUUUAUUGCGACUUCCGGCGGCAAGACGAACAGAAGGCCGACAACUUACUAGGGAGCCUACUGAAACAGCUUACCCAGUGUCAAUCGUCUCUAUUACGCACCGUAAAAGAACUCUACGAACGAUACAAAGAUAAACGGAUACGGCCAUUAUUCGAUAAAAUCUCGAAAGCCCUCCACUCUAUAGCCGCUGAGUAUUCGAGAGCCUUUAUCGUCAUCGAUGUACUCGAUGAAUACCAAGCAUUUGAUGGCUGUCGAACGAGAUUCCUAUCAGAGAUUUUCAGCCUUCAGGCUAAGUACGGAGCAAAUAUCUUUGCGACUUCAAGAUUCAUUCCAGAGAUCACAGAAAAGUUCGAAAGGAGUUUAUUAAUAGAAAUCCGUACCAGUGAUGAAGAUGUACGGAGAUAUCUUGAUAGUCAGAUGUUCCGGCUACCAGGGUUUGUGGUUGGUAGCCCGGAGCUGCAGGAGGAAAUAAAGACUGAAAUUAUUAGAGCCGUUGAUGGAAUGUUCUUGCUUAUACAGCUUUAUCUUGAUUCCUUAAUCGGAAAGAUAGCACCAAAGACAGUCCGAGCCGCUUUAAAGAAGCUGCCGACAGGAUCCGGUGCGUAUGACUAUGUAUAUGAGGAUACUGUAGAGAGAAUUAAGGGACAGGUUAUAGACGCGAAAGAGCUUGGUAUGAAGGUUUUGUCUUGGAUCGCUUGCGCAAAGAGGCCGCUCAAAACAACGGAACUUCAGCACGCGCUUGCGGUGGAAGUUGGCGAGGUGGAACUCGACCAAGAGAAUCUGCCACAGAUUGAAGCCAUGGCCUCAGUGUAUACUGGAUUAGUUACCGUUGAUAAAGAAAGCAAAAUCAUUCGGUUAGUCUACUACACGACGCAGGAAUACUUCGAGCGAAUACAAAAACGGUGGUUUCCAAAUGCAGAGGCUAAUAUUACGAUAAUCUGUAUUACCUACCUCUCAUUUGAUAUUUUUGAGCAUGGGUAUUAUCAAACGGACGACGAAUUCGAGGAGCGAUUACGGUCAAAUCGGUUUUUUGAGUACGCCGCACGAAACUGGGGGUAUCAUGCUCGCAAGAUUUCAACUCUAAGCCAAGCGUUAAGCCAAGUAUUAAGCCUAGUAGUCGUAGAGUUUCUUAAGAGUGAAGCUAAGGUCAAUGCAUCUAGCCAAGGGUUAUUGGCUAUUAAGCACUACUUACGGAAAUCAAAAUAUAGCCAGAAAGUUCCCAGAUGGAUAACGGGACUACAUUUGACGGCAUACUUCGGGGUUGAGGCUAUAGUUAAGCUGCUGCUUGACAUAAGCAAGGCCGACAAAUACGAUAAGCAGACGUCGCUAUUAUUAGCUGCUAAGGCAGGGCACAAGGCUAUCGUCCAGCUGCUACUCGAGAUAGGCAAGGUCGAUAUUGACUCGAAAGAUGAGUCCGGUCGUACGCCGCUGUCGUGGGCUGCUGGGAAGGGGCACGAGACUUUCAUCCAGCUGCUGCUCGAUACAGGCAAGGUUGAUAUUAACUCAAAAGAUGAGUCCGGUCGGACGCCGCUGUGGUGGGCUGCCAGCCACGGUCGCGAGGCUAUGGUCAAGCUGCUGCUCGAGACAGGCAGAGCCGAUGUCGACUUAAAGGAUAGCUACAAUCAGACGCCGCUAUCGUGGGCGGCUGAGAACGGGCAUGAGGCUAUGGUCAAGCUGCUACUCGAUAAUGGCGCUGAUAUCAGUAUAGAGAACAGAAGUGGCUGGACUGCCCUACAACUAGCGGCACUCAAUACAUAUGAAAGUAUAGAGCAGCUCUUGGUGAUACAUGGAGCGCCUGAGCCAGAUGACUUUAUAGGCUUCAGAAGCUGUUUUUGUAAAGUAGUAUUUAAAUCGUAUUAUAUAUAUUUUCAUAACCUUAAUAGAGAGGGGCUUGGGGGACCUAAUCUUUAUAUAUUAUACUUAAUAUUAAAAUGCUUUAUAGCAGCUUCGCUUUUACUCUUCUGGCCAUGUAAUGCUAUACUCUCUAAUACUUACUUCAGCGUACUCUUAUACUAUAUGCAAUUUAAAGAGUAG